GUCCACAAUUGAUUGCUCCAAAACAAUAUAAGACUUUUGCGUUCCUUGGACUGAUCAAAGGAAAUAGAAACCAUGUCAGGUCCCCAGUGCUGCUCUAACCCGCCAACACUCGAUCCUAGCGCCGGCUCUGGCCAUGUUGAACAGCUCGGUGGCUUACCUGCCUACGUUUCUGGUUCCUCCGAUUCCAAGCUUGCCAUUAUUCUCCUCUCCGACGUAUUUGGCUAUGAAGCUCCAAAAUUGAGGAAGCUCGCAGACAAGGUUGCAGCAGCUGGAUUUUAUGUGGUGGUCCCUGAUUUCCUACAUGGAGAUCCCUUUUCGUUCGAAAAUGCUGAUAGGCCUCUACCAGUUUGGAUUAAGGAUCAUGGAACGGAAAAGGGAUUUGAGGAGGCAAAGCCAAUAAUUGAAGCUGUAAAAAGUAAAGGUGUUUCUGCAGUUGGGGCUGCAGGUUUUUGCUGGGGUGCUAAGGUCGUGGUUGAACUUGCCAAGUGUGAACUUAUUCAAGCUGCUGUGAUAUUACAUCCUUAUAUUGUCACUGUGGAUGAUAUCAAGGCUGUUAAGGUUCCAAUUGCGGUACUAGGAGCUGAGAUUGACGAAAUGGCUCCACCCGAACUCUUGAAACAGUUUGAACAGGUCUUAAGUACCAAACCUGAGGUGUAUAGCUAUGUUAAGAUAUUUCCGAAAGUCAUACAUGGUUGGACAACCAGGUACGAUGAUGAAGAUGACGGCGCCGUGAAGUCUGCUGAGGAGGCCCAUCAGGACCUGUUACAAUGGUUUGUUAAGUAUGUCAAGUGAUCAAUUUCCAGGUCAGGUGAUCAGAUAUGUAUUCGCUUGUUUGUUACGUACGUAGUCUUGGUUUGAUAUGAAUAAGUACUACAGCAGCAUGCAUGCAUGCCAUAAUAUUAUUGGAGCCAAUCAAAUGCUUAAUUGCUUUUCCAGACUA